ACCGUAUCGCAGCAUCGGCGGACCUCUUCAGGUGUCUCUGCUGGGCGGCCGCGCGGCGGAGCCGAUGGAGGAGGUGUAACAGGACGGCAUGGCGGACCGAGACAAGAGGAAAACCAGCCCCCCAGCUGGACGGAACAUCCAGGUGAAGUCCCCGGCCAGCUUCAGGUUGACCCACGACAUCAGCCUGGAUGAGUUCGAAGAUGACGACCUGUCGGAGAUUACGGAGAUCACAGACGAGUGCGGGAUGAGCCUCAACUGCAACGGGCCGGAUAUAAAGGGUCAUGUGAGGAGGGGAACCAAUAGCAUGUCGGGGAGGGCAGAACUGGGCGCUGUUGGCCAGCUCCAGGCAGAGAUGUUGCAUUUGGAACUCAUCGACGGUGCCGACUCUUACCGCGGUGACAAGGAGUCCUGCAAGGCGUCUGCCAUCGCACCCCAGCCAGUCACCAAGGACCAGGCAGCACCUGUUACCAUGGAUACCUACAGGCCCAAGAGACCCACGACCCUUAACCUCUUCCCCAUUGUGCCACGAACACAGGACACACUAAACAAUAACUCCUUUGGGAAGAAGUACAGUUGGCAGGAGAAGGUUUCGGGCUCGUCCUCGCCUCUGAAAACAGGUGAGCUCACCCCUCCCCGUGAGCACAGCUGUCUGAGCGACGAGGACAAGGGACAGGGUGGGGGAGCGCAAACCAAAGACAGAGGGACCUCCACAGAUGCCCCCUGCAGGCACAGCCACACAUCUGGACACUCACACGGAUCAUCCACGGCGGCGGCGACUCGGUCAAAGGUUUCAGAGAAGCCGCCUGCACCACCUCCACCUCAGAACUACACCCCAGCUCCUGUCUACCCAGCGGGGAAGGCGGAUGGAGGUGGGAACAAUCGGGAGAGGAUCCGCUACCACACGGACGUUCAUUUAGAGCCAACGGAGGAGAUCUACCUGACUCCCGUGCAGCGCUCUGCCGACUCCCUAGAUCCCCCCAACGCACAGGACCGGCCUUUCCUCUCGCAGCAGACCGAGCAGGGCCGCAUGUCCAUCAGCUCCGACACUGAGGGCCCGCCUCCUUACCAGCCUCUCCCAGACCGGACAAACCCCUCCAUUUACGAGGAGGACGAGGUCUACGUCCCCCCACCUUCUUAUGCUUCCUGCGUAGAGUCCCUCAUAACGCCACCCAGCAUGGCUCGCUCCUCUCUCGCUCUUGACCUCAGCCUGAAGGGGGCAGGAACGGGGGCCGGGCUCAUGCUAAGAGGCGGGUCAUCAGUGGAGUACGUGGACGCCACCGAUGACAGCUACUGCGGGGAGGAGGACGAGGAUGUGGAUCGGAUCAUUAUGGAUGUAAAGAUGAGGAAGGGGGGAGGAAAGAGGGACAGCGUUGGUGGCAAAGCCGCGCCUCUAAGGACUUCCAUGAGCUCGGAGGCCAGCGGGCUUUCCUAUGACUCAGUCAAAUACACGCUGGUGGUGGACGAGCACGCUCAGUUGGAACUAGUCAGUCUCCGGCAGUGUUACCAAGGCUACAGUGAUGACAGCGACUCGGCCACAGUCUAUGAUAACUGCGUCUCUUCUCCGUACGAGUCGGCCAUCGGGGAGGAGUACGAAGAGGAGGAUGAGGAGGAGGAGGAAGAGGAGGAAGAGGAGGAGGAGGAGGACAGCGCUCUGAUAGGUGGAGUGAGGAGGGAGGCCACAGCGUGUCUGUCUGAAGACUCGACUCCAGAGGUGGACCUGCACUUCUCCAAGAAGUUCCUGAACGUGUUCAUGAAUGGACGCUCUCGCUCCUCCAGUGCAGAAUCCUUUGGCUUAUACUCGUGUAUCAUAAAUGGAGAGGAGAAGGAUCAGACCCACAGAGCCGUUUACAGGUUUGUCCCUCGACAUGACGAUGAGUUGGAGCUGGAGGUGGAUGAUCCGCUGCUGGUGGAGGUGCAGUCAGAGGACUACUGGUACGAGGGCUACAACAUGCGGACCGGUGCACGUGGGAUCUUCCCAGCGUACUACGCCAUAGAGGUGGCCAAGGACUCGGACAGCGAAAAAAGCACCGAAGUGAAGAGCAGUGAAUGGAUGGACAGAUACAGACUGAAGUUCCUGGGCUCGGUUCAAGUGCCGUUCCACAAAGGGAACGAUGUCCUGUGUGCAGCUAUGCAGAAGAUCGCCACCAACAGAAGGAUGACAGUGAAGUACAACCCGCCUUCCUCCUGCCUCCUGGAGAUCAACGUGAAAGGCAUCAAGCUUUCAGUUCAGGAGGAUUAUUACGCCUGUGACAGAAGCAACGAGUGCAAUCACUUCUUCCAGCUAAAGAACGUCUCUUUCUGUGGAUACCAUCCCAAAAACAGCAAAUAUUUUGGUUUCAUCACGAAACAUCCAGCAGACCAGAGAUUUGCCUGUCAUGUGUUUGUGUCUGAAAACUCCACCAAACCUCUCGCAGAGUCAAUAGGGAAAGCUUUCCAGUUGUACUACAAAGAGUUUGUGGAGUUCUCGUGCCCCACAGAGGACAUCUACCUGGAAUAGCCCCGCCCUGCCUUCAACCACAGCCCUGUACAGUACACUGUAUCAUAACAUAACUCUGCAUGAAGGACAGACAUAUCUAAGCAUACAAAAAAAAAGACAAACUGAAAAUUAACACAUCUGACAAACAGGAAAGGACAGGAUGAUCAAGUGUUGGUACUGUGGUUUGCUCAGAGGGAAGAGAUGAAAAUGAGCCAAAGGAGGAAAAGAAAUAUGCAAAAUGGAGUCAGUAAUGAAGCGGUUAUCACAGGCUGCCUGUGGAAAGCACAAACAUUGUAUCACCGCAGCCUUGGCAGCGCUAGUUAGCCUGUAGCAUCGUCUCGGCUGAUGAAACACUGAAAGCCCAGGAGCCGUACCGAACUGAACCAGCGUGAACUCUUAUUAGAGGAAGAACUGCAGCGGAGGUGAGGGAGAAUGAACACAUGAUUGGUUUAGUCUGAGACAAAGGAAGGUGUAUAUUUACAGAUUAACAUCCUCACACUGAAAAUGUACACUUAGUAAAACAAAUCCAUGUAGGAACAGUGAAGUUCAUCCUUUUAGCACACCUCAUAUGAAGGUGAUACUCACAUUGUUCAGAGACAACAACGAAAAAAAAAUCCACCCUGAAACACUCCGGACACAAGUGAUGCUCUUUGUAUUUCUAGCUGUAAAAUCUCCACAUUUCAUUAGAAGUUUAAUAUCAGAAGACUUAUCUGUAACAUCAGUGGAAACAGCAGCUUCUGUUAUCUCAUGAGGCAUGAGCUGUGCACACUACAAGGUGAAGCCAUAGACUGUGCAGGACAUGGACGUAGUCUCACCCGUUGGUCUCUGAAGAGGCGUUUUUGAAGCCCAGAGAUGACAGUCUCAACAAUAGAAACGCUGACUCAUCCGAUGCUUUUGAUGCAUCUAGAAAUCUGCAAGAGGGAGGAGUUGCAGCGGGCUCAAGCCUCCUGGCAAACAGCAAUAAUACAUCCUCUUUCUGUCAACCCUGCAGCACCCUUUGAUAUGCAAAUGUGUGCAUAACUCCAAAUAGAUUCUAAGAUUUAAUGAGCUAUUGAGACCAAAUCAGCUUUUUGAAGCAGGCAUUCAGUUAUUGGACAUUUUAACAUCAGACCUAAUGGGGAUUAUUUAGCUUUUGCAGCCAGCCCCAAGUGGAUACUUGAGGAACUGCAGCUUUUUGCACUAAUGCAUUGGCUUUUUCAACACUUGAGGGUGUGUAAGAGCCCCCAAAGUUGAAACAAUGAAUAAAUGCAUUGAUUCAACUGAUCAAUCAUCAAGUUAUAUUCCUAGGAAGACAUCUGUUGAGGACUCUGCAAUGUUUUCAAAAGUUUUUCAAAUGAGUUAAAUACAUCAGUGAGGGCUCUGAGGAGUUGUCUUUCUCUUCUUUUUAAUAUCUCAUUGAUACAUUUAUUGAUUUCUCAUAUGAGAGGGAUUCUUGAGAAACUGAUCCACUGAUUAGGAAGCAUUCAGGAGUUGGUUUUCUUCACAGCUUGCCCUCAAACAAGGUCAAAGUUAAAGAAAUAACUUGCAGCAGAAAAACGCAGCAUAUACACUACCAGUCAAAAGUUUGGAAACACCUUCUCAAUCAAGGGUUUCUAUUUAUUUUAAUUAUUGUAAACACUGUAGAUUAAUACUGAAGACAUCAAAACUAUAAAAGAACAUAUAUGGAAUUAUUUAAUGAAGACAAAAGUGUUGAACAAAGCAGAAUAUGUUUUAUACUUUAGAUUCUGUAAAGUAGCCCCCUUUUUCCUUCAUGACAGCUUUGCACACUCUUGGUAUUCUCUCAGUCUGCUUCAUGAAGUGGUCUCCUGGAGUGGUUUCUAAUUAACAUGAGCCUUGUCAAGAGUUCAUUUGUAGAAUGACUUGCCUUCUUCAGAGGUAGGGUUAGUACACAAUGGAUAGCCCUAUUUGACGACUGUUGUAAUCCAGAUUAUGGCAAAACCAGAUUAUUUCAUAGUUUUGAUGUCUUCAGUAUUAAUCUACAAUGCUGAAAAGAAUUCAAAUAAAUAAAAACCAUUGAAUGAGAAGGUGUGUCCAAACUUUUCAGCCUUCUGAAAUGUUUCAAAUGAGUUAAAUAUAUCAGCCUGGGUUGUCUUUCUCUUCUUUUUAAUAUCUCAUGGAUACAGUUAUUGAUUUCUCAUAUAAGAUUGAUUCUUGAGAAACUGAUCCAGUGAUUAAGAAUCUUUGGGGAGCAUAAAACAUUUGAUUUUCUUCACAGCUUGCCCUCAAACAAGGUCAAAGUCAAAGAGAGAACUUGCAGCAGAAAAAGGCAACAUAUAGCCGACACUAAGUGGUGCAAAAUGCUAAAGGUAACACAGCAAUUCCCAAACAAACCCUACUUCAGUUAAAAAUGAGAGGCUUAAAUCAGCAGUGUGCUACAGUCAGACAGAGAAUGAAUAGAGACUAACAUAGCAGGACCGAGAUCAGGAUGCAAUGUCCAAAUUAAUUGCAUACCUAGAGGUUAAAGAGCAUUUAGGGAAUUGAAGUGCAGACAAUAAAAUUCAGACAUGUUUCGUCUUGAGUUACAUCUUACUUCUGGAAUGCACUUAGCAUCACUUGUCCUUGAUGAAAAUAAAACCGUGCAAUGAGUGAACGAGUGAGGAUUCCUCCUGUAGAACUUUCAGCAGCUUCUUUUGGUAGUGCUAAGCUAAACGACCCCACACAGUAAAGCCUUAUUAGUCAUUAAUCCCGGGUCUAAUGCCAGACACACUGCGCUUUUUACCAUGUCGUACUAGGACUGAAAUCAGUGGAGAACAUAUUAAAAAAAAAUCAACUUUGGCUCUUCAGCAGCUAAAGUUCAAACAUACAAAUCUCCUUUAUGUGGUGGUCUAGAGCCGUGCUCCUCCUGGUCUCCACUUCAGAAUCAUGAAACGCUCUCAGUGCGCUAAAGCGAGAAGAUAAUAAGGCAGUGAUGUUUGGAGCAGAAGGUACGGGUGCUAUAAAGGGAGCAAAUUAAAACUCUGGUGUCUUCAUAUCUUUACUAGUAGUGCCUCUUCUUCAUCAGAUCAUUGUGACCUUCCUCAGUCGACUUUAUCACAACAUUUAAAGGAGUUGCCAUGGAGUGUGUGUUGAGUUUCAGAGUUUGAAUGCAGAAUAGGGACGUGGAAGUAUGUUUGAUGUGACUUGUGCUUUUUCCACUGCCAAAAAAAUGCUGCACUGUACCUGUGGUGCAAAGAUUAGUUUAACUGUGCGUGUGAAAUAGUGCAAAGAUAGAUUAUCCUUCACAUCAUGCUUCUCCGAUGACCUCAUCAGCUGAAUCUGUCGUUCUUCAGAAGACGUUUCCGGAGUAAGCUUGGGCCCACAUGAUGAGAACAGAAAACCAAAGUGUCGCCGUAUGUUUUGAAUCACCCCGGGUCCAGCACAGGUACAAGACAGUCGUUUUUCUGCAGUGAGAAAGCACACAAAAAGUGAGCUUCCUACUUCAUUUAUCACUGACUUUAAUUUCUAACAGAUUAUUUAAUUUCACCUGUAUUUAAACCAACAUGCUUGUCAACAAGAGAUUGAUUAAGGAUGUGGAAAUUGUCAUUCAGCCAUGUCACCAGUCCCCCAUAGUUUGUUUCUUUUUCAAACGAGAAUCAUUCAAAUGAGUUGUCUGCUUGGUGCCGAUCAAAGCCAUCGUGUUUUUAUCAAGAGAUCAAGACUGACUUUUCUAUGAGUUCCCCUCUCAGAAGCCAAUCAGGCAGACAGGAGACAAUGUAAAGAAGUGGGGGCUAUACGAAGGGAGUAUAGACAUGCCAUAUAUAAAUAAAUGAUUUAAUAUCUGUAAUUAUAAAUUUAACACUGUAUUGAUUCAGAUGUAGUAUGUGACAUUUCUCUUUAUUUUGGAAUUUUUUAGGUGUGAAUUUUUCUUUAUUUAAAGAUUUUAAUGCAGA